AGGUCGCAGGUGAAUAAGUCAGAAACGCAUGGUGUCUUAACCUCGAUGUUCCUAUUUUCAAAACAUUGGAGUUCAACAAUUGAAAAUGGGUUACAAUAAGUUCAAGAACAAGAAAAAGGGAGGACAGGCGAAAGUCAAGUUGUUUAAGAAGAAGCAGAAGACGCCGGAGAGUAAAAUAAUCGAGGAGCUGCAGGCCCGUUACGAGACGAUCGAUGAACCGAAUAUCAAAACCUUCGAGGACCUUCCUUUGUCUUCACAACUACUUAAAGCCCUGAAGGAACACAAUUUUAUCGAACCAACAGACAUCCAGAAGCAGAGUAUUGGCCUAGCUCUCAGGGGGAAUGAUAUCCUGGGGGCUGCGAAAACUGGAAGUGGAAAAACAUUGGCAUUCCUCAUACCAGUCAUAGAACUAUUAUACUGUCAACAAUGGAGUCGCGAGCUGGGCCUGGGCGCUCUAAUAAUCACCCCAACUCGAGAGCUCGCCUACCAGAUCUUCGAGACCCUGAAAAAGAUCGCAAAGUACCACAGACUCACCUCUGGUCUCAUAAUUGGAGGGAAAGACCUGAACCACGAGAAGAACCUCAUGGACCAGUACAACAUAAUAAUCUGCACUCCUGGGCGAAUUCUACAGCAUAUGGACGGAAACAAAUUAUUCCACACUCAUAAUCUCCAGCUUGUGGUACUCGACGAGGCAGACAGGUGCCUGGACAUGGGCUUCGAGCAAACCAUGAACGCAAUAAUCGAGAAUUUACCUCCGGAGAGGCAGACUCUGCUGUUCUCUGCCACUCAGACAAAAUCUGUGAAGGAUCUCGCCAGGUUGAGCCUCAGAGACCCUAUGUAUGUUUCUGCUCAUGAACAUGCUGAGCACACGACGCCUGACGGUCUUCAGCAGAGUUAUGUGGUGGUUAAUCUUGAUGAGAAGAUGGCUAUGCUGUGGUCCUUUAUCAAACAUCAUUUGAAACAGAAGUUCAUUGUCUUUUUCUCGAGUUGCAAGCAGGUGAAAUACACAUACGAAGUCCUCUGCAGAAUGCGUCCAGGAAUCAGCCUAAUGGCCCUCUACGGAGGUCUCCACCAACUGAAGAGAACUGGGAUCUACGAGGCCUUCUCCAAGAAGCAGAAUGCAGUUCUCUUCGCAACAGACAUAGCAGCCCGCGGUCUGGAUUUCCCAGGGGUGAACUGGGUGGUGCAAAUGGACUGUCCGGAGGACGUGAACGCGUACAUCCACAGAGCAGGACGAACCGCCAGAUUCCUGAAUGGAGGGGAAUCUCUCCUAGUUCUCCUUCCCAGUGAGCUGGAGAUGGUGCAGAGGCUUCAGGACCGAAGGAUUCCCAUCAACGAAAUCAAAAUAAAUCCCAAUAAAUUGCACUCACCUCAUGUGAAGCUCGGGGCACUUCUGGUUCGUGACGUAGCUCUGAAGGAAACUGCGCAGAGGGCUUUCGUCGCUUACGUCAAGUCUGUGUACCUCAUGAAGGAUAAGAAAAUUUUUAAUGUUCAUGCACUCGAUACUGACGCGUAUGCCAAAUCCCUGGGGCUUGCUAUUCCCCCAAGAAUUAGAUUUCUUCAACGACUGCAGAAGAAUAUUGACAAGAAGCAGGAGAAAAAGGAGAAGAAAGUAGGAGAAUCAAAAGAUGAUGAAGAAGAUGAGGAUUUAGGGGAGAAACUUGAGAGAAAUCGUAGAGGGAGUGAUGAAGACUCUGGGAAUGAUUCUGAUGAGGAGGAAGGAAGGAAAAAUGCUGGAGAUAGUGAUGAUGGGGAGGGGGAGCAGAGGACGAUCAGCAAAGGGAGUGGAGCUGGAAUGUUCGGAGGAGAUGAGAGUGAUGAUGAGGAUAUUCUGACGAUCAAGAGGAAAAAUGUGGAGAUCGAGGGCGAUCUUGAGGAGGGGGAGGAGGAGGAAAAGGUGGAGGGGAAGUCCAAGAAGAAGGCCCUGACUAAAGCCGCUGUGGCCAAGAAACUUAUGAAGAAGAAGAUUGUGGCUAAUACGAAGAAAACGUUUGAUGAUGAGGGACGGGAAAAAAUCGAUUCAUCAAGAUCCAAAGUCUCUGAAAUGGCUCGUGAGUACGAGAAUCAAGAGUCCUCAGGCAUAGACAUUGAACUCGCAAAGAAAGUCCUCCAGGAAGAGGAUAAAUUCGAUAGGGAGCGCUUCAGGGAAAGAAUAAGGGAGAAACACAGAGAGGAAAAACGAAAAAUGAAAGCCCAGAAGAAGAAGGAACAGAGUGAUGACGAGGGUGAAGACGAAGAGGAGCCGUUGGAGUCUGGAGAUGAACCGCAGGGCUCUGAAGAGAGUGACUCUGAUGGUCUUGACCUCUCCUGGUUACCAGAUCCAGACAAAAUUUAUGGCCCCAAGACUUCAUCCAACGAGGAAGAAUCUGAAGGUGAAAUCGAACAGAUCCACAAACCUUCGAAACGAAAAUUAGUGACUCAAGCGGAGAACGACGAGAAGAAGAGCAAAAAACGGAAGAUCAAGGUGACAGAAAACAGUGACCUUUUAGCUACUGAGGAAUUAGCUCUGCAGUUGCUUCGCAGUUAACACGAGGUUUAUUGUUGAAAAAUGUAAAAUAAAUUUUUAUGAAAUUGAACUGA